AUAUAUUAAAACGGGUAGUGGGUUUGGACUCCUCUCUCUCUCUCGGCUGGGAGUAUCGUUAGGGUUUUAGAACAACUCAGACACACGGGUUUUUGCAUUAUCUAGCUUUUUCUCUCCAUCCACAAUGGGUAAAGCUAAAAAAGGACCCAAAUUUGCGGUAAUGAAGAAGGUUGUCACUUCCAAAGCAAUCAAAAGUUAUAAAGAAGAGGUAUUGAACCCAGAAAAGAAAAACCUUCUAAAGGAAAAGUUACCCAGAAACAUUCCAAGUCAUUCCUCAGCACUAUUCUUUCAAUACAAUACCGCAUUAGGACCCCCUUAUCGUGUUUUGGUGGAUACCAACUUCAUCAAUUUCUCCAUCCAAAAUAAAUUGGAUCUGGAGAAAGGAAUGAUGGACUGCUUAUAUGCAAAAUGCACCCCUUGUAUCACAGACUGUGUGAUGGCAGAACUUGAGAAAUUAGGCCAAAAAUAUCGUGUAGCUCUAAGGAUUGCCAAGGAUCCUCGAUUUGAGAGAAUACUCUGUACUCAUAAAGGAACAUAUGCUGAUGACUGCCUUGUUGAGAGAGUUACUCAGCAUAAGUGCUACAUUGUUGCAACAUGUGAUCGGGAUUUGAAGAGGAGGAUCCGGAAGAUUCCCGGUGUGCCAAUUAUGUACAUCACCAAGCACAAGUACUCGAUUGAGCGAUUGCCUGAAGCAACAAUUGGUGGAGCACCAAGAAUAUGAUGCAGUAAAACUGAUAAAGCAGCAAGUAGGAAAAAUAUUGAUACUAAUUGCUUGGUGGAGGAGCAUGAAAUCCUGUCCAAGUUCCAUGCAUGUUUGGUCCUUUUGUUGGCAGUGGAUUGACCUCUUAUGGAAGCUUUACAUGAACGAGAAGCAACUCUUCAAUUUUGAUACAUGAAAUGUCCUUACUGUUACUGUAGCUGGAGAUUUGGAUUCCGUCAAAUCUUGUUUUCCGCGUGUUGCGUUACUAAUGUAUCAUGGUGAACCUUGGAGUGACUAAAUUACGAUGACAUGUUCAUAGUUCUAGCCACAUAAAUUACUAAAUGAUAUAUCUACAUAUUUAUAUAUAUGUUGGAAGAGAAAAAAAGUUUAUUUUCCUUGAA